CUGUAUGUACCCUACUCAAUACGCCAGCUGUAUCCUUCCAAAGCUUCAGACAAGGAAGGGAACGAGAAAAUGAAACAGUGUUGGCCAGUACUCAAAUUAUCGUCAGGAGAAAAGAUUAUGGUGGACGAAAACGAUAUAUGGACAUGGCGUGAUGAGCACUCUGGUCCUUUCUCAUGGAAGUCCAAGAGUCAGCAGGAUCUCACAUUUUUAGAUUUGGACAAUGAAAACCUUACAAAGCAACAUAAUAGAUGUGUCAAGUCAGAAACAGAGGAGCAGGAAACAGACCAAGUCAUUAGAAAUGAUAAAUAUUUUUCACUAAAUGCACCUACAUGGACACAAGUAGUGCUAGAAGAAUACAGUGGGUGUGGAUGUCUAGAAUUUCAAACACCUGUGCAUAGUCCAUCUGGAUCGGCCAGUUUGGUGGAGAGUCUGCUAGAGGAAGUUAAUCCAGCUUUUGAAGGAAGUGUUAAUGACCUCUCUGCUUCUGCAAGCCCAUCCCAUGGGGUGGUGCUUACUUCACCAGAAGUGAAGACACUUCAAAAUAUAACCACCGACAAGCAGUCAGACAUUCAGGUGUCAUCAGCAAAAGUUAACAAGGGAAAAAAGACUACUUCUCCAAACAAGACUCAUCAGACUGGCAGUUUUAAAAAAGAUACUAAUAAAGGGAAGUCAUCUGCUGAUGCUGCCCAACAGUUACUUAUAAAGGACUCAAAAGAAGAGGACAGGAAUGCAUUCAGCAAUCCAGUCAUGUGGUCAAAUUUUGUUGGGCAGACAUCUACAGAUUCUGAUGACGACAUAAAGCAGACAGUGCCUGUUUUAAAACAGUCAAUCAUAUCUUCAGUAAAAGAGCCUGAUACCAUGGAGAUGGAACGUGGCGAAACUACUGGCAAGAUAUCAGCAGAAAGCAGUCCAGACCACACCACACAACUUUUAAAGCCAUCAAGUGCAGAUUCAGAGGAGUUAGAUAAAGAGGAGGUACUGUAUAUUGUAAAGGGGCAGGCUGGAGUAUUGCUGUCUGCACAAAACAGUAGCUCCACAGAUGACAUUGAACUUCCCAAGACAGGCUUUGAUUUCCUUGAUAACUGGUGACAGUUUGUAACUAUGCCUUUGGACAGAGUUUAGAAAUAGACUAUAUGUAAUUUAUGUGCAAUAUUUUACUUAGAAUUGCUUAUCAUACAGACUGUCUCCAAUGAUGGCCAUAUCUAUCUCUCCUUUGCAACAUUCCAGGUUCCUGAACAUUGUACUCAAUAAUUACAUAUGUUGAUAAAAAUAACUUACAGUGUCAAUUGUAUAUAAUGUGUAUUUAAAUAAUAAAUAAAUUGGCUUUUAACAAACGUUUCAUUUUAAUGGCAUGCAUUGUAAAUGUAGACAGUAUUUAUAAGCAUAAAAUUAGUCUUUAAACCAAAAUA